AUGAAAGUUUCCGCUGUUUUGGCACUCUCUGUUGCCGGUUCCACCCUCGUUCAGGCUUUGCCUCACGUCCACAAAAGAGGUCAGUCUCACGACGAACCUUGUACCACCACGGCUCACGCCCACCGUCCAGGCAAGCGUGCUGUGGCUGUUGAAUAUGUUUACCAAACUGUGACUGUCGAUGGGCAGGGCAGUACUUUGAGCUUUCCAACGACCACCUUGAGCACCUCGGCUCAAUCCAGCUCUUUGGCCAGUCCAUCCAGUUCUGCUGCUGUUUCUAGUUCUGCUGCUGCUUCCAGCUCUACUGCUCCAAGCUCUUCAGCCGUUGUUUCCAGCUCUGCUGCUUCUAGUUCUGCUGCUGCUUCCAGCUCUGCUGCUUCUAGUUCUGCUAUUGCUUCCAGCUCUGCUGCUUCUAGUUCUGCUGCUGCUUCCAGCUCUACUGCUUCUAGUUCUGCUGCUGCUUCCAGCUCUGCCCCAUCUAGCUCUGCUGCCGCUUCUACCUCAUCCUCCACCUCCUCGAGCGCUUCCUCCACCCAAACUGCCUCCUCUGGUGGUAUUGAUGGUGACUUGUCCGCUUUCUCUGCCCCUUCUGAGUCCUUCGAAGAUGGAACUAUUGCCUGUAGCGACUUCCCAUCCGGUCAAGGUGUCAUUUCUCUUGACUGGUUGGACUUCGGUGGCUGGUCCGGGAUUGAAAACUCCGACGGCUCCACUGGUGGCACUUGUAAAGAAGGUUCUUACUGUUCUUACGCUUGUCAGACUGGUAUGUCCAAGACUCAAUGGCCUUCCAACCAGCCAAGCAACGGUGUUUCCGUUGGUGGCCUGCUAUGUAAGAAUGGCUACCUCUACCGCUCCAACACCAAUGCUGAUACCUUAUGUGAAUGGGGAAAGGACAUGGCCGAGGUUGUUUCUGAAUUGAGCCAAGACGUUGCAAUUUGCAGAACUGAUUACCCUGGUACUGAAAACAUGGUCAUCCCAACUUAUGUUAAAGCCGGUUCCUCUGCGCCAUUGACCGUUGUUGACGAAGACAACUACUACCAAUGGAAGGGAAUGAAGACCUCUGCGCAAUUCUACGUAAACAACGCUGGUGUCUCUUUGGAGGACGGUUGUGUUUGGGGUACUGCUGGAUCCGGUGUUGGUAACUGGGCUCCAUUGAACUUCGGCGGUGGCUACACUGACGGCAUCGCUUACUUGGCCUUGAUUCCAAACCCCAACAACUACGAUUCCUUAAACUACAACGUUAAGAUUGUUGCAGCUGACUCUGACAGCACUGUCUUGGGUGACUGUAAGUAUGAGAACGGCAAAUACAAUGACGGAUCAUCUGAUGGAUGUACCGUUUCUGUAACCAAGGGUAAGGCACGCUUUGUUUUGUACAACUAA